AUGUCGGCCUCACCUACUCAGCCUUCCAACUCGGCGAAGCGCCCUCUCGAGGAGACCUCAUCUCCUUCCCAAAACAAUGACCAACCCGAGGCUAAGCGUCCUGCCCUCGACAAAAUCUUGAAGAACGACGAAGAAAUCACCAUGGCCGAGAAGCCGGAUGAUGCUUCCCCCGAGGCCAACGAAAACACUCCUGCCGAGUCCCCCAACGGCGUAAAGGGCGAAACCGAAGUUGCUUCCGCCGCUGCCGAGGAGCCCAAGCCUAUCACGAGCGCUGUUCCGUCUGUCGCCCCGGAUGCUGCCGCCACCCACGACGAGACUGCAUGGAUUCACAUUAGAGCAGUAAUUUCCAGUCCCGAGGCUGCCACUAUCAUUGGAAAGGGCGGCGAAAAUGUUUCCAAUAUUCGUAAGAUGUCCGGUGCCAAAUGCACCGUCAGCGACUACCAGAAGGGCGCCGUCGAGCGCAUUCUAACCGUUAGCGGCGUCGUCGAUGCCGUGGCCAAGGCUUUCGGUCUCAUCAUCCGGACUCUCAACAAUGAACCCCUCGGCGAGGCAUCGAAUGCCCAGUCCAAGACGUAUCCCCUUCGACUCCUUAUUCCGCACAUCCUCAUCGGAUCCAUCAUCGGCAAGGGUGGUGCCCGAAUUCGCGAGAUUCAGGAAGCCUCUGGUGCUCGACUCAACGCGUCAGACUCGUGCCUCCCCAUGUCGACUGAGCGGUCCCUCGUCGUUAUGGGUGUCGCCGAUGCCGUCCAUAUCGCCACCUAUUACGUGGGCAGCACCUUGCUCGAACAGCUCAACGACCGCUUCGGCGGACCCGCUGCGUCCGCCUACGCGACACGUAGCGGCGGUCCUGCGGGUGUCGUACCUGGCGGCAUGCAGGUGGUACCUUACUGUCCUCAGCCGACCACUGGCAAUUACGGAAACAGGGAGAACUACGGCAGACGGCACGACGUUCGGGCCCAACAUCCCCCGCAACACCCUCUCCCUGCGGCGCCUUAUGCGCAGCAUUAUCCGCCUCACGCCGGGCAGCCCAAUCCGGCCAUGCCCAUCCACUACGGCGCCCAAGCCGGUGCCUACGGCGGUGCCGCACCUGUCCAACCUCACGGUGCGCCCAUUGCUCAGCCUCAUGGCGCUCAUCCCGCGCCCGUGCACGGCGGCGUAGCCGGCGCUCCGUUGACGCAGCAGAUUUAUAUCCCCAACGACAUGGUGGGCGCCAUCAUCGGCAAGGGUGGCCAAAAGAUUAACGAGAUCCGCCAGAUUAGCGGAAGCGUGAUCAAAAUCAAUGAGCCCCAGGAUAACAGCAACGAGCGCUUGGUCACUAUCAGUGGAACCGAGGAGACUAAUCGCAUGGCGCUCUACAUGCUGUACUCUCGCCUUGGUGAGGCCCAGAAGAAGCAAGACCAUGACAAGACCAGAAUGCCUUUCUAA